GAGACGGGGGCAGACAUGAACAAACACAGAGAUCGACAGAGACAGAUCUUGACAGUACUCAUCAAUCUCAGAGGUAGACAGUUGAUAAAGAGAAAAAAGCUGUGACAUCUCACUGAAGGGACACCAACAGGAUAGAAGAAGCCCUGUGAAUACUAUACACAGACAUUUCUGGGAUAUGAUGUUUCUCCUCAAGCGAUGGUGUUAUAUUAUCAAGAAUUCUGGAUGGAAGGGACUGCUGUUACUGACUGUGGUUAUACUUGUAUUGAUCAUCAUAGAUUUUUUGUCAGAGUGUCAAGACAACCAUUGCCUAGUAAAUGUUUUCCCACAGCACAUUCGAGGCAACAUUUUCCCAGAACAUUUGGAUGGUAACCAUACUCCCUUCACCACAGAUACUUUGUCACAAUCUCCAGAUAUUAUUUGUAGUGGAACCAGCCUCAGGACAUUUGCACCAGCCAACAACUCCCUAAUAAGUAAAGCAGAAUGGGAAUCUCUGGUCACAGAUCUACAAUGGCCAUUUCCCCCUGUUGACUUCCUAUCACCACAGGAGGCAACAAACUCGACUAAAUGCUCAUUCUCUGUUGUCAACUCCAGUUUAAGCCACACAGUCGGAGGGUUUGUAGAUGUGAUUCUGACCGCUAGAGAUUCCAAAAACAGGCCCAAAACCUAUGGAGGGGACUUUUUUCAGGCCAAGUUGUAUAACACAGAACUUAAGGCCAGUACUUAUGGAGCCGUGACGGACCACUUCAAUGGCACCUACACUGUCCGCCUGGCCCUUCUCUGGCCUGGACCGGCAAAGGUGUCCAUCCGUUUAGUGCACUCCAGCGAGGCUGUACAGGUACUGUGCCGACAUAGGGAGCAGGAACCAGACAAAGUCUACUUCCUGGGACACUUUGAGGAGGGUGUCAAGCAGGAAACAGCUAUUUGCAAUGCCCAGAGAAGUUCCAGGCUGCUGGGGGACGGCGCUCAGUGCUGCUGUGAAUACAAAGAGCUGGUCACUGGAGAGGAAUGGUUCUGUCAGCAACCAUCGUCCCUGCCCUGCCAUGCUUUGACCUACCACAGCAUGGGUGGUUACCAGGCUGCACUCUCCCAGUUGGAGAAAACUCUUCUGCAGAGCAAAGACAUUGUUCUGCAAGGUGAUGAAUCAGUUAUCUAUGUCAAACCAGGCAACGAAACACGAUCACAAACAAAAUGCCGUCCUGGUUUGCACACCUCAGUCCCGUCUGGAUUCUACCUCCAGGAUCACUGGACAUCCCUGGUGUGUGAUUCAAAGACGUUUCCAUCGGCCCAGCUGGUGUCAGGAUGCCUGAAGAACAAACAGAUCCUCAUGAUGGGUGACUCCACCCUCCGUCAGUGGUUCGAGUAUCUGGAGAAAACUGUGCCAACACUGAAACGGCUGAACCUCUACACCUCAAGCCAAUCGGGCCCUUUUGAGGCGGUUGACCUCCAAUCCAACACUCGUAUCAUCUGGCGGGCCCAUGGGAUACCAAUUCGGACGAGCAAGACCCCCAAGGCUGACCUCCACUACAUUGCCAGGGAGGUGGAGGAUCUGGCAGGAGGGCCACACUCUGUGGUGGUCUUCACCAUCUGGGCUCAUUUCACCACGUACCCCUUGGCCAGCUACGCUCACCGCCUAGCCAUCAUCCGUCGGGCUGUGUCCUCGCUGCUGCAACGCUCUCCCUCCACCCUGGUUAUCAUCAAGUCCGCCAACACAGGCUACAAGGACGUGUACGGCAGCGACUGGCUCUCCUGGCAGCUUGACCUGACCCUCAGGACGAUGUUCAGGGACCUGCCCGUGGUCCUCAUUGACGUUUGGCAGAUGACCUCCUGCCACUAUUCCCCAGAUAAUAUUCACCCGCCACCUGUGGUGAUCCAAAAUGAAGUUGACCUCUUCCUAUCUUUUGUCUGCCCAGAAUGAAAACUCUCAGUGAAAAGAUAAAUGUUUAAAAGUUACUGUGUGUGCAGAUUCAACAGUCAGCAGAUUCAACAAGAAAACAGUCAAUGUGAAAUUUUUAAUAUUUAAGCAUAAUUAUGAAAACAACAAUUUAAGAUUAGGUCUUUGGAUGGAACUCAGCAUGACCAAUGACGCUCCAUUCCUCCCAUGCAUUCCUCCCAGUCAUUGUGAGGAAUAUGCAGGAGAACAACAUAAAUCUGCUACAUUUGUUCUUCACCAAGUAGUGGGGUGUGAACAGUUUAGAUUGAAAGAGCAAUCAAACAAUCAAUAAAAUGUAUUUAUAAAGCCCUUUUUACAUCAGUAGUUGUCACAAAGUGCUUUUACAAAACAC